AUGUUCCGCACCUCCAAGCACGCGCCUUCCGCCGCCCCCAGCGCUGCUCCCGCGGGCAGUAGCGGGUCCGCGGCGGCAGACGUGGCGGGACCCGGAAAGCACCCGCUGCUCCGCCGAUCCACCACCCCUUCGUCAUCCUACCACCACCACCACCGCCACUCCUCCUCCUCCACCUCCUCCUCCCCGCGCAUUUCCCGCAGCUCCCCCGGCCCCUCCGCGCAGGUCUCCUCCUCCUCCGGCGGGACCUCCCGCCCGUCGUCGCGCGACGGCGGGGGGAGCGCGAGUGGGCGCAGCUUGCGCCGGGACGGGCUGUCCGCGGGAUCGUCGUCGGGGCGGCGGGGGUCGUCGUCGGGGCGAGGGCCGUCGUCCGCCGUGCUGCCGCUCCCGGGCGGCGGAUCCAACCUGCCCGGCAUACUCACUAGAAACUUCUCCCGUAAUAGCUCUUCGUCCACUGCGUCUACACCGCCCCUUGCACCCAAUACGCCUAGCGCGUACCCGCCUAAGAGCCCUUCGGUAAAAGAAAAAGAAAAGGCCAGGGAGAGGGAGAGAGGGGAGAGGGGAGGGGAGGGGAAAGGGGAGAGGGAGAGAGGGCGGAGUGGCGUGGGGAGCAGCAGCGGGAGGGAGAGAGGGCCUUUGGAGAACGCGGAUAUAGAGGCUUUAAGGGAGCUGCAGCUGCGGCAUCGCCUGCACAUCUUUUCGUAUGCAGAACUCCGGGCAGCCACUAAAAAUUUCGCGCCGGAGAAUUUGCUGGGCAGCGGGGGGUUUGGGAGGGUGUAUCGAGGGGAGGUGGCUCUGCCGUCCCUCGCGAAUCCCGCUGGCGAAGCUGGUAACAGCGGCGAAAUCGCGCUGGAGGGGGAUGGGCGGGAGGGAGAGGGGGAGGAGAGGGGGGAAGCGGGGGAGCAGGGAGCGGGCGGGCGGGUGGAGGUGGCAGUAAAGAAGCUGAAUAGCAAGAGCAUGCAGGGCCACAAGGAGUGGAUGGUUGAGGUGAGUCUGCUAGCAGCGGCCAGCCACCCGCACCUGGUGCGCCUCAUGGGGUGCUGCGCCGAGGGUGACCGCCGCCUGCUCGUCUACGAGCUCCUGCCGCGCGGCAGCCUUGACCGCCUGCUCUUCCGCCCCUCCUCCUCCUCCUCUGCUAAUCCCUCUGCUGCUGGUGGAGGGGCUGGAGGGGAGGCGGGGCAAGGGGCGGGUGGCAAGGUGCUGGAUUGGGGUACGCGGUUGAAGGUGGCGCUGGGCGCUGCCAAGGGGCUGGCUUACCUGCACGAGGAGAUGGAACCUAGGGUAGCCUGCCACUUGCCACAUCCUACCACACCUUCGAGUCAAGCCACACAAGCACCUCUCCUUUCCUUUCACCAUUGCUGCCUGCUCCUGCCACUUCCCCUCAUUCCCUCUCGCCCCUCUCUCUCCCACUUCUUUCCCUCUUCUCCCCCCCCCCUUCCAAUCCUCUUCCCCUUCUCUCCCCCUUUCUUCCUCUCAUCUUCCCCCCCUUUUCCCCUUCUCUUCCCCUCCUCUCCCCUCCCUCGCCCACCCCUCUCCCCUUCCGCGUCUCCCACCCACCAGGUGAUAUACCGCGAUCUCAAGACGUCCAACAUGCUGCUAACAGCGUCCUUCCAUGCCAAGCUCUCCGACUUUGGCCUCGCACGGGAGGGGCCCGAGGGGGACUCCGAAGAGCAGGUGCGAGGCACAGCGGGGUACGCGGCGCCAGAGUACAUGUUGACGGGGCAGCUGACCAGCAAGAAUGACGUGUGGAGCUUCGGCGUGCUGCUGCUCGAGCUGCUCACCGGCCGCCCCUCCAUCGAUGGCAAGCGGCCGCACCCGGAAGGCAACCUGGUGCUGUAUGCGCGGCCAUACCUGCAGCAGCCGGCCGACAUAGUCAGGAUCAUGGACCCUGCUCUCACUGCCACCUCGCCCCCGCCCGCCGCUGCAGCCAAGGUGGCGGAGGUGGCGCGGGUAGCUUCUGCCGCUGCUGCUGGUGCGGCCAAGGUGGGGAGGUGGCGGAGGUGGCGCAGUGGUGGUGCAUGGGCAUGGAUGGACCUGAUGGUGCCGACACACGCGCGCCUGCUGUGUAGGAGGAGUCGAGCCGUGGCCCAUCCCCUCCCCACGUUCCUCUCCUCGCAGCGGUGGUCGUGGCGGGGCGUUUGCUGGGUGCAUAGGGUCGUCCUCACAUGCCAUGCCACACACAGGCCGCACAUUCUGCCAGAAGGAGUUGCGGGAUUUUUCACCAGGGUUUCAUCUCAUCAAGGGUUAUGCGCAGUCGCUUCAGCGGUGCAUCGUGAGAAGCCGCUGCUGCUGGCCAAGUGGAGCGCAGUGGGGCUGGUGCAGUGGUGGCGUUUCAACGAUUCAGGAGGAGGGAUGGGGAAGGUGCAGGUGUGUGUGUGA